AUGUCUCAUCAGAGGGAUACAGCGAUACAUUUGGUUGCUGGAGGAGUGGCGGGAACUGCAGGCGCCGUUGUAACAUGUCCACUAGAGGUUGUGAAAACUCGCCUCCAGUCAUCAAAAGGUGUUGGAUUAUCACCGCCAUCACAACCACCACCACCAUCAGACAAUACUGCCAAUGCCAGGAAAGUCUGCUCAAAGAUUACUAAACAUCAGGAAGCCAAAUGGGGCUACAGACGAACCAUGGGCGCGAUGUUCGCAUACAGCAAGCAAGCAGAUCGUAUGCUGAUGUCGUACAAUUGUCAGGUGCAGCAGUGUGCGCGGGCUGGACAUGCCAGGACAGCGUCCAGAGUGAGCCUUAUUCAGUGUAUCAGACAUAUUGUUCAGACUGAAGGACCUAAAGCGUUGUUCAAAGGUCUCGGACCUAACAUAGUUGGCGUAGCACCGUCUAGAGCCAUAUACUUUUGCACAUAUUCACAAGCGAAGGCGAUAUUGAAUGAAAACAUAUCACCGGACACACCCAUAGUGCAUCUGUCCGCAGCAAGCGCUGCAGGAUUUGUCUCUUGUACGAUGACCAAUCCAAUUUGGUUUGUUAAGACGAGAUUGCAGUUGGAUGGACAAAAUGUAUCAGCAUUGCAGUGUAUUAAGAGGAUAUAUGCUAAAACGGGUAUCAGAGGGUUCUACAAGGGCAUAACCGCUUCAUAUAUGGGCAUCAGUGAGACAGUAGUCCACUUCGUGCUGUACGAAGGUGUUAAAGCCAGAUUGAUGGCAGCCCGGAGUGUGGACGGUAUCCCUAGUGAUCAUCGUUCUCCCAGGGAUUUCUUAGAGUUUAUGGCAGCUGGCGCUUUCUCGAAAACUGUUGCUUCUUGCAUCGCAUAUCCACAUGAGGUGGCACGAACACGUCUUAGAGAAGAAGGCGACAAGUACCGUAAAUUCUGGCAGACAUUACACACCGUCUUCAAAGAGGAAGGGUACCGCGGAGUCUAUAGGGGCUUAGGCACACAGCUAGUGCGUCAGAUACCGAACACGGCCAUCAUGAUGUCAACGUACGAAGCGGUUGUGUAUCUUCUUACAACACACUUUAACAGUUCCUUUUAUGAGAACACUUAG